AUGAGACCAGAGUCAAGGAAAAAUGGAUGGAAGGUGGCCCUGUUUAGCUCCCUUUGCAUGUUUGGCGGAGUCGUAAUUUUUUUUCGAGGGGAGACAGAUGUGACCAAUCAACAAGGAGUGAGAGUUGCCGCUGUAACUUCUACCAAGCACGAGGACUGGAGAGGGGCGCCGAUUGGGGACCGCGAAGAUGACCCUGACUCGUAUCAUUCCUAUGACCAUCGACCUGCCGGAACCGAUCCUCGUGAUGUGCUCCUCAAUGAAUAUACCAUUCAUCCUUGUCCCAACGGUGGGACGGGUAGCAUGGUAUCCGGCCAAGACCCGCGGUUGUUCGAACUGAAGAACGACCUGUACAAGGAGAGAAAUCCCAAGUUUCUUUGCGACGCCGCCAGCAUAACAACCAGUCUGCAUCAGCCUUGUGUUGUCUACUCCUUCGGAUCCUUUGAUGAAAUCAGUUUUGAGAUUGGCAUUGAUAAUGUUACCAACAGCAAGUGUGACGUACACACAUUUGACCCCGAAAAGAGGCCGAGCCCAGAAGUGGCUGGCAGGCAUCACUUUACAAGUCAUGACCUGGGGCUUUCGAGUUUUGAACACGACAAUUUUAAACGAUUAGGGACGAUCAUGAAAGAUCUUGGGCACAAGCACAUUCACGUUUUAAAAAUCGACAUUGAAGGCGGGGAGGGGGGUGCCUUGCCAGCCCUGCAAGUCGAAGGAGUGCUGAAGAAUGUCGACCAAAUCUCCAUUGAAUUUCACAGCGUCGAAUUGAUGAAGAAAGGGCUGGAUAUUCUCGUGGCCAGUGGUUUUGGAAUUGUCUAUGCACGAAGAGAAGACAGAUGUGCAUGGUGUAUCGAGGUGACUCUGGUAAAGAUGCCAGACAAAAGUACGAGCUUAUAG